UAACACUAACUUGAUUGUCAUUAUCUGUUUGCGAAUGACAAGUGCCAAGUGCUCAUUAAUUUCUAGAUUUUAAAAAUUUGAAGCCUCAACAUGGCGAAAAGAAUAGCACAGAGCUCCGUAAACUGGGCAGCGCUGGCUGAGAGGGUGCCAGCCGAGCAGAAAGUCUACCUCGCCGCUUUCAAGAUCAAGUCCGACGGAUACCUUCGUAGAGUGCUGGCCAACCCUCCUGAACCUCCAGCGAUCAACUGGAGUGUGUACAAACAGUCGGUGCCCAUCCCCGGCAUGGUGGACAAAUUCCAAAAGGAAUAUGAAGCGCUCAAGAUCCCCUACCCAGCAGACACCAUGAGUGCCCAGGUUGAUGCCCAGUGGAGCCAAGUCAAGAAAGCUAUUGACCAAUUUGUGCAGCAGUCCAAUGCUAAUAUUGCUACCUUUGAGAAAGAAGUUGCAGAGAUCAAGGCUCUGUUGCCAUAUGACCAGAUGACGAUGGAGGACUUCCGCGACGCAUACCCAGAUUUGGCGCUAGAUCCCAUCAACAGACCUACCUUCUGGCCCCACAACCCUGAGGAGCAACUGGACUAUGUUGACCCGGAGAACAAGGCUGCUGAGGCCCACCACUAAACUGGUCAUAACUUGUAUGAUGUCAAGAUGACAGGAAUAAAACCCUGCUCCAUAUAUUAAACACUCACAACUCAGGGAUGACCUUAUAUACAGGUUUUCUGUAGGUUUCCACUGCUAAACAGCUGCAUAAAACAUUUUGUCAUCAUAUUUUCUUUGAGAAACAAAGAUAAUGUUUUUAAACAGAUGUUUUUGUGGUGGAAAUGCAGUUAAAUACUGUUUUCCCAGUCUAUGUCUGAGCUAGAAUAGUAUGUCAACAAAUUAUAAGCUAUUUAAAUAAAGUAUGUAUCUUGACAUUGUACAAAUGUUUGUGGUUAUGCAAUUGUAUAAUUUAUGUUGUAGGAAUAAAGCGAAUAAACAAAUUAUGUUA